CUAUUGGGAAAACAAAAAAAGGAUCAAUAUGACUAAUAAAAACGAUUAUAAAUUUUAGAUAUUAUCUUGUAAAAAUGUCAAAAAAAGAAAUAAAUUAUCAAAUAGAAAUGAUAAAAAAUUUUUCACCAGUCGUCUUUUUUAAAUAGAUUUUUUAGAUAGAAUCUUUUGGGAGGGAAUCUUCAAAAAAAGAAAUAUUCAAGAAUGACGAACAUCAAAGCAAGUCGUAAAGGGAUGCGACUGAACGACGCGCAGUACUUCCGAUUGCCCUUGCCGCACACGCGCAAGCGGAUGAUGGUAAUACGUGUGAUGCCGCGGAUCGCGGACGUGAAUUACUCUCACGUAGUCCAGGGUCCGGAUGCUGGACUCGGCACGACGUGCCGACGUCGCGGCAAGACGUUGGAAUCGAAGCGGAGCUCGGUCGAAAUAGCGCUCGUGACAUACAAGGCAGGCUUCGAAGACGUCGAUCAAAGUAAGAAUCCUUAUUUCGAAGAUAAGGAAGGCCGUCAGGACAUUUGCGUAGAGACCGAAGCGAUCGAGCUUUCCGAUGAUCCAUCAUCCUUAACGCGGCGAGAAGAUGUUCCGAGCGUUCCGAACGAUUUCGAAAAAUUCGCGGAAUUUCCGCAAGCCGAGGAGGAUCGUCGGGAAACCGUACGGAAGGUCGAUUCACAAGAAUUGCGAAGCCGGGUGGAGCACAACUGUGAGAGCGUCGACCGGAAACAGAAUUGCGGCGAUCGCGUUGUUCAGAUCGCGGAGGUGGAGGAGAAGGAGAAAGAGAAGGAGGAGAGAGAGGAGAAGUGCGGUAGUUGGUGGAAGAACGGCGGCCAAACAAUUCUGCAGUUUUUCGCCAAGAUCCUGGGAAAACGCGGCGAAAUAGGCGCCAAGGGACCGACGGGUUACGUCUUGCCUACCGGCAAGCAGCAGCCUGGCAAGCGUGUCAAGCGCGUCUCGAGGGAUGGCAAAGGCCAUAACGGAUGCGGAAGAGACGUCGAUGGUGGUAUACGCUUGAAGCGAGUCGACAACGGCUAUAUUGCGAAUCACGUAUAUAGAAAAAAUUUAUCAACGCAGCACGUAAUUCCUUGUUAAAUGCAAAGUAAAUCCAAGGAUUAACGCAACUCGUGAGACUAUUUAGGAGG